GUAAUUAGUUUGGUCUCUCAGCUUUCUUCAACUUAUCGAUGUGUGCUGGGGAUAGGGCCCAGUUUAUUUGUAUGUUGAAUAAGGUUGUUAGGUCAUUGACCAGGGGUUGUACCAGAAGGUGUCACUCUGAGUCUUGGAGCAGUCUCUUCAACUGGAGGUGGCUCUGUUCAGCAACAGCUGGCAGUCAAACCAGACUGUCCAACCUGACAAGCCACACAAACAACUUCAGGACUCUGCAUUCCCAGCUUCCAGGAUUUGCUUAAACUGUAGCUCUGUGUCUCUCCCCCUCACCUUAAACAGUUGUAAGAAGGGGCAGUCAUUUCCCCAAAUCCUUGGGAGAUUUGCAGUUGGCGAGUACUGACUAAUUGCCUGUGCUGCUGGAUCCACUGCAAAAAUAUCAUGGAAUCAGGGAGAAAGCAGUUGAAGAAGAUCAAAGAGAAGCUGCCAGUGACAGGACCACAGGCAGCGAGUGUCCCUGAGUUACUGCAAUGGUACUGCUAUCACACCAACACCCACGGCUGCCGCAGGAUUGUGGUAUCGAAAGGCCGUCUGCGGAGGGCAGCAUGGAUGAUCCUGACACUGAGUGCAGUGGGCAUCAUCGUCUGGCAGUGUGCCCUACUCAUCAUUUCUUACUACACUGCCUCUGUCACCAUCACUGUCCAAUUUCAGGAAAUCACCUUCCCAGCUGUUACCAUGUGCAAUGUGAAUCCAUAUAGAAACAGUGUAACAAGGCAUCUCUUUGAGAAACUCGACCAGGAGACCCUGAUGGCCAUCAAUGAGCUUUACCGCUUAACUGAUAAUCCCAACAACAGUCAUGUGAAAGCUCUUCACCAGAUUGCCAUAAACAACCAAGAUAACAUCCUGUCCCCAAACAUUCCAUUGCUGUGGAUUGGCUUGGUUACCCAAGAGUACAGCAUUGUAUCCGACCUCAUCACCAAGAAAUGGCACAGGAUCGACAGCACAGUGAAAAUCCAGUCCUUUGAGAGCAUCAACAUGCAAGACCGAACCAAUCUGGUCGGCUUCCAACUGUGUGAAAAUGACAAUAAUGAAAACUCUACUUGCAUCAUCUACACAUUCAACUCAGGCAUUACUGCCAUUCAGGAAUGGUACCGACUGCACUACCUCAAUAUCAUGGCACAGGUGCCCCAUCAGACGAAACUACAGAUGGGUUAUUCUGCUGAUGACCUCAUAUUCAGCUGUCUGUUCGAUGGACUACCAUGUGAUUCAAGGAACUUCAGCCUAAUGCACCAUCCCCUGCAUGGAAAUUGCUUCACCUUCAAUGGUGGAGAGAACGGCAGCAUUCUCCGGACCAUCAUUGGUGGCAGUGAAAAUGGCCUGAAGAUGAUUUUGCAUUUGGAUGAAAACGAGUAUAAUCCAUAUCUGGUCACCUCAAUGGGAGCGAAAAUUGUCAUUCAUGAUCAGAAUGAACAGCCCUUCGUCGAAGACAUGGGAAUUGAAGUACAGACAGCAACCGAAACAGCCAUGGGCCUCGAAAUGACGGUAUUGAAGAGGCUGAGCAGUCCAUAUAAUAACUGUACAGUAGACGGAGCUGACGUUCCAGUGAUAAACCUUUACAACAAGACCUACUCAUUGCAGAUGUGCCUGCACUCAUGCUUUCAGAUGGAAAUGGUUCGUAGCUGUGGCUGUGGUCACUAUGAGAAGCCAUUACCAGUGGAUGCAAAGUAUUGUGACCAGAAAAAGUACCCAGGAUGGACUUUCUGCUAUUACAGACUGCGCAGCCAGUUUAUUCAGGAGCAGUUGGUUUGCCAGAAAACUUGUCGACCUGCCUGUCAUUCCAAGGAAUGGACAAUGACUAUGAGUAUUGCCCAGUGGCCUUCAUCAGCAUCUGAGGAAUGGACUCUUCGUCUUCUGAGCUGGGAAAAAGGACUCCAUGGAAACAGAACUUUAAAAAAGAAUGAGUUGGCCAAUCUGGGCAUCUUUUACAAAGAUCUCAAUCAGAGGAACAUCUCGGAAAUAGCUGCAAAUAAUAUUGUCACCUUACUGUCGAACUUUGGAGGCCAGCUGGGUCUGUGGUUGAGCUGUUCUGUUGUUUGCAUCAUCGAGUUUGUAGAAGUGUUCUUCAUCGAUAUGUUCAUGAUCAUUGUGCGGAAAGUCAUGCAGUCUGUACACAAGUGGUGGCAGAAUGAACAGGAGGAGGUCCCUCCAACCGUCAGUAAUACAACUCAUGGAUCUCCAGUCUACAUAAGUGACGAAGACCCACCAACUUUUAACACUGCCCUGCAGCUGCCUCGAGCACAUGUCCAAGACACGCUUCCCCCAACUUACGAGACCUUGCACAUACAGAGCAGUUUCGGCCCUGAGACCUCCACUAUGGAGUCCUGCAAGCACUGACUGCAGCUUUACAAAGGAUUCUGAAAGCAGUACUAUAUAUACUUGUACUUAGCUGUAGAAUGAUACAGCAUAGGAGGGGUGGGGAGCCAGCCAAUGUAGGGUGAGUAGAGGGAGAGGUGGGCCCAUGUAGGAUGAGCUUAGGGAGUGGUGAGCCAAUGUAGGAUGAGCUUAGGGAGUGGUGAGCCAAUGUAGGAUGAGCUUAGGGAGUGGUGAGCCAAUGUAGGAUGAGCUUACGGAGUGAUGAGCCAGUGUGGGGUGAGCAUAGGGAAAGGUGGGCCAAUGUAGUGUGAGCUUAGGGAGUGGUAAGCCAGUGUAGGGUGAAUUUAGGGAGAAUUGAGUCAGUGUAAGGGAAGCACAGGGAGAUUUGAGCCAGGGGAGUACAGAGAGAGGUGAACCAGUGCAGGGGAAGUAUAGGAACAUAUGAGCAGGUGUAGUGUGAAUGUUGGGACAGUAAGCUGGUUCAAGGAAGGAACAAGCUUAUAGAACACAAUCAUCAAAACAAAUAAUUCCAGAAGUGAGCCUUACCUUUUACUUAGCUUUCAUCUUUGUGAUUCAAUUAGUAAUAAAAGAUGUUUCAAACUGCUUUCAAUAACAAGCCACUGAUUAUCCAGCUAGAACCAGUUAGUCCCCACAAAACAAGUUCUCCUGUGUUUGAUUCUGACAUGUAGCUAAGUGUGAUGUGUAAAAAAAAUCUCUUCACACAGCAAAUGGUUUAGGUCUGGAAUGCACCCCUCGGAUAUGUGGUAAAAGCAGGUUCAAUAGAGUCAUUUAAGAAGGUAUGAAUUAAUUAUAUGAAAAGAAGCAAUUUUCAAGGGUACACAGAAAGGGCUGGAGAUUGGCACUAAGUCAUAACUUUCAUUUGGAACGCCGGUAUAGAAAUGAUGGUCUGAAUGGCCUCCUCUGUGCCUUACAAUUCUAUGAUCCUAUAAAUUCAUAGACUGUUUCUUGUUUUCCCAUGAUGCUACUGCAAACU